GGUUCCAUCCCAAAAUCGCUCUCAAACCUCACAAACCUACAAUUUCUUGACUUAACUUACAAUUCUCUAAGUGGAGAAAUUCCAAAAGAGUUGGGAAGACUUCAAAGUCUACAAACUCUGCAUAUUGAAUACAAUCAUCUCUCCGGUGCAAUACCAUCAGCCAUAUUCAACAUGUCGACCUUGGUGACUAUAGCCUUGACAGGCAAUGAAUUGAGUGGAAGUCUUCCAACAGACAUGUGCAGUAAUCUUCCAUUUCUUGCAGGGAUUUAUCUUUCUGUCAAUCAACUGAGUGGCGCGAUUCCCACAAAUCUAUCCCAAUGUUCACGACUUGAGUAUUUGAGCCUCUCUUACAACUCUUUUAGUGGGGAGAUACCUUCAGAAAUCGGCUACUUAACAUCUCUUCGGGAGUUAUAUCUUGGUGCUAACAAUUUGAAUGGUAUGGUUCAACUUCUUAUCACAUAAAUUUGUGUAAAUGAGAUUUUAUGACAUUUUUUUUGCCAGGAAUACUACCACAUGAGAUUGGCCAUCUUCAGAAUCUGGUUACUUUUCAUGCUGGACAGAACGAGAUUUCGGGCUCAAUUGAUUUCAAUAUUUUCAUGAAUAUGUCUUCUCUGCAAACCUUAGCACUAAGGCGUAACAAAUUCACGGGGAACCUUUCAAGGGAUGUCGGGAAUAUUACUACGCUCACAUAUUUAGACCUCUCGGAAAACCAUUUUACAGGCCUUAUUCCCACUGAAUUUGGCCAACUUUACCAUUUGGAGACAUUAGUACUACAGGGGAACAACUUGAGUGGUUCGAUUCCACAUGAGCUCUUUAACAUUUCAACUCUUCGGAUUCUUUCACUUGCCGUCAAUACCCUGUCAGGGGUUCUUCCAACCCAUUUAUGCCAUGCCUCUCCCUUUCUUGAACAACUUUAUCUUGGCAGUAAUUCUAUCACUGGAGCAAUACCUAACUCCAUCUCUAAUUGUUCUCAACUCAUAAACCUCUCACUUCCUGAUAACAAAUUUAGUGGUUAUAUACCUACUCAUCUCUGCAAAGUAAGACUUCUUCAAAGUCUUCAACUAUUCAGCAACAAUCUUACCCAGGCACCAUCUUCUUCCUUCAUUACUUCAUUGACAAAUUGCAAGUCUCUAACUUAUUUGGAUAUUUCUGAUAAUCCUCUAAAUGGUGUCAUUCCAGCUUCUGUCGGGAACUUAUCUUCCUUACUCGAAAGUUUUUAUGCCUACAACUGCAAAUUUAGUGGCAACAUUCAUGUUGAAAUAGGCAAUCUAAGCAAUUUGAUGACAUUGACGUUGUCAGCAAAUGAGUUAUCUGGUAAUAUUCCACCAACUAUUAGACAUUUGCAUGAACUUCAAGGAUUAGAUCUGUCUGCUAACAGGUUGGGAGGUUCAAUACCACAUGCUAUAUGUGAUCUAUUCAGCCUCAAUACUUUAGUUAUGAGCCAGAAUCAAUUUUCAGGCCCAAUUCCUAAAUGUCUGGGAAAUGUCUCUUCUUUAAGAAAUCUUUAUCUAGACUCCAACAUGUUGAAUUCAAGCAUACCAUCAAACUUAUGGGGCCUAAAUGAUUUGAUCAAUCUUGACUUGUCCUCAAAUUCAUUAAAUGGGUCACUACCUCUAGAGAUGAGUAACUUAGGAGCAGCGAUCUAUAUAAACCUAUCGAUGAAUCAGUUGUCAAAGUCUAUUCCUAGCACUAUUGGGAAGUUGCAGAAUUUGGUUGAUCUGUCUUUGGCAAAUAAUAGACUAGAAGGUUCUAUUCCUGUGUCUAUGGGAAGCAUGAUCAGUUUGGAAAAUCUCGACUUGUCGUACAACAACCUCUCUGGUUCAAUCCCAAAGUCUUUAGAAGCACUUCAACACCUCGACUACUUUAAUGUCUCUUUCAAUAGUUUAAGUGGAGAAAUUCCUAGUGGAGGUUCCUUUAGAAACUUCACUAUGGAUUGUUUUAAGGGUAAUGAGGCAUUGUGUGGAAUCCCCAAGUUCCAUGUUCAAAUUUGCUCUUCAAUUUCUAAUCACGGAUCAAAGAGAGAGAAGGUGGAACGAGCUUCGUUUAUUAUUUUCGGGGUUGUGGCUUUCAUCUCAGUUGUUUCUUUGGUCUGCAUAAUUGUCAGAAACAAAAGGAAAGAUAAAACGACUAGAGAAGUUGAUGAGUUGAUAUUCAUUGUGCCCGAAAUAAUCUCUUAUUAUGAACUGAUGCAAGCAACAGAAAGAUUCGACGAAAGCAAUUUACUUGGCACUGGGAGUUCUUGCUCUGUUUAUAAAGGAAUUCUUAACAAUGGGAAAGAUAUCGCUGUCAAGGUGUUUAAUAUGCAGCUAGAAGGUAUUUCAAGAAUAUUUGAUGUUGAAUGUGAGAUACUACGUAGCAUUCGACACAAAAAUCUGACAAGCGUCAUAAGCAGUUGCUCCAAUGAAGAGUUCAAGGCAUUAGUACUUGAAUAUAUGCCAAAGGGAAACCUUGAAAAAUGGUUAUAUUCCCACAACUAUUGCUUGAAUAUGAUGGAAAGAUUGAAUAUAAUGAUUGAUGUUGCAUCUGCUUUGGAGUAUCUUCACCACGGUUAUUCAAUGCCCAUUGUCCACAGCGACUUGAAGCCUAGUAAUGUGCUGUUAGAUGAAGACAUGGUUGCCCAUGUAAGCGACUUUGGGAUAGCAAAGUUGUUAUGCGAUGGAGAUAGCUUUGUGUUAACCAACACGCUAGCAACAUUGGGUUACAUCGCUCCAGAGUAUGGCUUGGAAGGGCUAGUUUCAACAAGGUGUGAUGUGUAUAGCUACGGGGUGAUGUUGAUUGAAACUUUUACGAGAAAAAGGCCUAGUGAUGAUAUGUUUUGCGGAGAUAUGAGCUUAAAGAGAUGGGUAGAACUCUCACUUUCGGAGAGCCCACAUGAAGUGAUAGAUGCCAACUUAGUCAUGAAUUUGGAGGAAGAAAUGAUUGACAAGAAUAUGCAGUGUGUAUCAUCCAUACUUGAAUUGGCUCUUAAAUGCUCUGUGGACUCUCCCGAGGAUAGAAUCAACAUGAAACAAGCACAUGCAGAGUUGCUGAAAAUCAAACGUCGAUUUUCCCAAUGAGAUUCAAGUAAGCUAUUUCAAAGUUCUAUGUUAUUUCUAAAAGGAUAUCAUAUCCCAAAUUUUCUAUCGCAAAGUUAGCUAAUGGUGUCUUCUUCAUUUGGUGGUCUUAUGAGGCACGCAGUGUUGAUGAUUUUGAAGAGGCAGUAAUUUGGCUCUGGAUAGUGGUGAGGUGGAUGACAUAAAGAAUGGAAAAUUUGGCUUGGUCCGUUUGUUGGUUUUUCCUAUCGUUGUUAAUUCGUUCUUCUUGUUUUAAUGAUGGUCGGUCCUUAGUUAGUAUCCUUGUGCUUUCAAGGGUUUGCUAGGUUUUCUUUUUCGUUUUUCUCCUUUUAUAUAAUCUCUAUUUCAACAACUGACACUCAAGGUUUCUCUAUCCCUCUUUCCUCCUUAUUUUAUGUUCUUUAGUUUACAUAUAAUCUUCUUCGUCACAGCUUUAAAUGCAAAAUCUUUCUUAAAAACGCCUCUGCCUCACCAUUCUCACCAACAAAAACAACCCCUCUCAAAAGAGUUGUGAAAAUUUUGAUAUUCCGCUCGCAGCCGAACUUGAUCAAGCUGCCCAGAAACGCAAACCCGAUCUUCACACGGCAUAGAAGGUAGCAGAAAUUUAUUGUGAUACUCAACGAGCACACAUUCAAUUCGACGUCCCAUUGGCGCAUUCCGUCGAACAUGUAGAGGGUAACUCGGUAAAUUCCCCAAUUUUACAGUGUAACUCAACUUUUCUGGACUAUUAAAUACUAUUAUCGAAAAAGGCACUGAAAACAGUUGCUAUGUGGAUUUCUUUUUGUAUGUUGAUAUCGUGGUCGUGUUAUUCUUUGUUUUUAUUUGGGAGAUUAUUGUUUACAUGUUGUUGUAUGUAAAUUAUUAACUCGUUGCAUUAUUUAUUUAGAAUAUUUAGCAUAAACAGAUGAAAUAUAAAAAAUGGUUUAUGCA